AUGGCGGACUACCUCCCUCGGAGCAUCGCAUGGGCCACUGCUGACAACCGCGCCUGCACCAUCCUCCUCGGCGCACUCCCUGAUACCCUCAUGCGCCGUUUCCAAGCUCGCGAGAUGCGCGCCUCCCUCAUCUGGGCCGAGCUCCAGGCCAUGUUCGAGCGUCGCGACAUCAGCUCUGUCGGCGCCCUGUUCCAGGAGUACUUCUCCAUCACCCUCGCCACUUGUGAUGGCGCAGUUGACUACGUGGGGCGCAUGCAGGAGGUCGCUGAUCGCCUUGCGGCACGCCAAGCUGCCCUCCCCGAGCCCCUGCAAAUCCACCGCCUCCUCUACAACCUCACCCCGGACUACGAGUCCCGCCUCCAUGCCUUCACUGAGGCCAACCCCAUGGCCGGCCUCGACGACGUGGUCCAGUGGAUCAUUGACACGGAGGUCAAGCUCCGCACCCCCGUUGUCAACCUUACCACCCCUCAGUCCUCCUCCUCCACCUCCCUCAACGCUACGCAGCCGCGCAACCAGGGUGGUCGCGGCGGCGGCGGCGGAGGCCGUGGAGCGGGUGGCGGUGGUGGUGGUGGAGGCCGUGGUGGUGGCGGUGGUGGUAGUGGUGGCCGUGGUGGCCGUGGUGGCGGUGGUGGUGGUGCUGGCAGCGCCCCUGCUGGAGGUGCUCGGCCGGAUCAGCAGCAGCAGCAGCAGCAGCAGCAGCCGCAGCAGCAACAGCAGCAGCAGCAGCAGCAGCCGGGACAGCAGCCGGGGCAGCAGCAGCAGCAGCAGCCGGGCCAGCAGCAGCAGCAGCAGCGGCAGCCGGGACAGCAGCAGCAGCAGCAGCAGCAGCAGCAGCAGCAGCGGCAGCAGCAGCAGCAGCAGCCUCAGCAGCCUCAGCAGCCGCAGCACCAGCACGCUCCUUGA